CUAAAGUGUCUUGCACUAGUAAUGCAGAGACCUGGAGCUUUGUGUUUCACUUCAUGGAUCAUAGGAACUGGAGUUCUGUAUUUAACCUUCUUCCAGUUAGCAGACUCUGAGUUGGACUGUGAGCUUGGCGAGAGGUGCACUGGACAGAACGAUGAAAAUUUUAGCAGCUGGUAUAUGUGGUUCCUGAUGUUGUUUUUCCUGGCCUUGCUCCUGUCCUGUGGGAUCUGCUGCUGCCUGCAGUGCUGGCUGAAACAGUGGAGCUGCCUGUCCCGCCAACGCACCGUGGCUGUCUUCGCCCUCAGCAGCUCAGACACCUUUUGUGCGAGUGAAGCAUCUCAGUGCCCAUUCUCUGGAUCUCUGAGCCCCUGCAUGACUGCAGAGAUGUCCUGCUCUUCUGCCCCACAGUUCAGCCUUGGGGGAACUGAGUUGCCUCCAUCCUAUGAGGAUGUUAUGGAGCAAAAUAAGCUCUAGACACCACAUGUUGGCUUCCAGUGAUUCCACUUGACUCUUCAAAGGUCUUCCAUCACGCUACGGGAGUGUGAGAGCAAAUCAGCCCUUACCACAAGCUGGCCAAAAGACUGAAAAGCAGCACAUAUUUCAUCUGAACCUAAAAGAGGAGACUAAAUACAACAGAACAAAUGCCAAAAGCAUGUGUUGAAUCUGUCACAGGAGCUCAGCUUGACAUUUUGAUGGCUCUGGAUUUUAAGAAGCUUCCUCAAAGCCUAUCUGUAUUUGGAGUUUCUGUCUCAGCCUCCAGAUUUAUCUCUCUAAGGCUGCUAGAGCUGGUGUAGCCCCAUGUGUUUUAGGACCGAAUGUUGAUAAAUGACUUGCUAGUUACUUCUCAAACUUGGGCUGCCUCCUUCACUCGGUGUGGUGCCAAGAAACACCCUCUGGCAAAGUCAUGUUGUUCUAAUACAUUGUAAUGCAAUCAUGCCACUCUAUGAUGAAGGAUUGUUUGCCACAUUUAAAAUAUUUAGCACAGCAUAUCAGAUUUGUCUAAUGCAAAAGGCAAAUUUAUGGUCAGGGAAGAGAAAACAAGAAGCAGGGAUU